AUGAGGUCUAGUUCAGAUCAAGGCAAAUGGUAUCGGCCAGAUGGAGUGGUCAAAGAUCUGGUGAUGUUGGUCAACGGCGAUAUUAUUGGGCCAACUAUCCACGCGAAAUGGGGAGACACCAUCUCGGUCAAAGUCAUCAACAACUUGGAGACCAAUGGCACCAGUAUUCACUGGCACGGAUUCCGGCAACUCGGUACCAAUCUUCACGACGGUGUCAACGGAAUCACCGAGUGCCCUAUACCCCCGAAAGGUGGUGAGCGGCAGUAUACCUUCAUAGCUCGACAAUACGGGAGUGGGUGGUAUCACAGCCACUUCUCAGCCCAGUACGGUAACGGGAUCAUUGGCGCCAUCCAGGUUGACGGCCCGGCAAGCCUGCCUUAUGAUAUUGAUCUUGGCCCCAUGCUCUUGACGGACUAUUACCACGAUACCGCAGAUAACCUCGUCCAUUACACCGAGACCAACGGCGCUCCCCCAAGCGACAACGUCCUCUUCAACGGCCAUACAGUGAACCCAUCGACAGGAGAAGGCGAGUAUGAGAAGGUGACGCUCACUCCAGGAAAGAGGCAUCGUCUCCGUCUCAUCAACACCAGCGUCGAGAAUAACUUCCAAGUCUCGAUUGUCGGCCACGACAUGACAGUGAUCGCUUCCGACUUUGUCCCUGUGACUUCGUUCACCACGGACAGCCUCUUCAUCGCCGUGGGCCAAAGAUACGACGUCACAAUCGAAGCGAAGGAAGACAUUGGAAACUACUGGUUCAAUGUGACCUUCGGCGGAGGCAACCUUUGCGGCGCAUCAAGGACCCCUCACCCAGCUGCAAUUCUCCACUACGACGGUGCUCCCGAUAGCCUGCCAACGAACGAGGGCACACGGCCGAGAGACCACAACUGCCUGGAUCUCUUCAAUCUCACUCCGGUUGUCCAGCGCAAAGUCUCGACCGCCUUCACGCCUUCUGCUGACAACACCUUGGAGGUUCAGCUUCCCACCGGUCCAAAGUUUGUGUGGAAGAUCAACGGCAAAGCCAUCAGGACGGAAUGGGAGAACCCCGUGGCCCAGUAUAUUGCUUCCAACCGCACCGAUUACCCAGAAACAGACAGCAUCUGGCAGGUGGACGCUGUUGACCAAUGGGUUUACUGGCUCAUCGAGAAUGAUCCAGAAGGAGCUUUCAGUCUUCCACAUCCGAUUCAUCUCCACGGACACGACUUCCUUGUCGUUGGUCGGUCACCGGAAGCAGCCCCUGCGACGCAGACCAAGUAUGCGUUUGACGCUUCCCUGUUGAACGGAGCCAACCCCGUGAGACGUGAUGUGACCAUGCUUCCUGCCGCUGGCUGGCUGCUUCUCGCGUUCAAGACAAACAACCCCGGCUCCUGGCUAAUGCACUGCCACAUCGCAUGGCACAUUUCCGGGGGACUCGGGCUGACCUUCCUCGAGCGACUUCGUGAUUAUCAAGCUGGGAUGAAGCAGAGCGAUAUAGAUGUCCUGAACACCCAGUGCAAGGCUUGGAAUGAACAUGCCAAGAACGCCCCAUGGCCGCAGGCUGAUUCGGGUCUUUGA